AUGGAAAUUACCGAGGACUUGCUGAAGCGCCGCAGCAAACACUUUGACAUUGCAUGCAUUCAACGGCUCAACCUGGCAGGCUGCGACAUCCGGACGGUGGCGCUCUUGGAAGGGUGUACGAGCCUCGUGGAGCUCAACUUGGCCAAGAACCACCUGCUGUCGUUGCAUGGGAUUCCGACGCUGCCAACACUCAAAUGUCUCGACUGCUCGUUUAACACCGUGACCACAUUGGAUGGCAUGUCGCCCCAACCUCAACUGGAAGAAUUGCAUGUCGAGGGCAACGACUUGGCUCGUGUCGAUUUCGCCUUGCUGCAAAAGCAGCUCCCUCGCUUGCGACGACUCUUUCUGCAUGCGCCGGCUGCACCUCGGUCCAACCCAGUCUGCAAAAUCGACAAAUACUUCGACGUCGUCCACGCGGCCAUGCCGUCCCUCGAGAGCUUGGACGGCGAGGUUUUCGCGCUUCGUCAAGUACAUACAGCUCGGGCUGUGAACGACGAUCCUGAAAGCGACGCCGACUUGCGCGCGGCGUUGGCCGAAGCUGCGUGGGACAAGGUGUCGUGGGGGCUGCCCGCCACGGACGACCCUGCAAGCUUUGUUCAAAACAACACCAAGAAAUUCAAAGGUGCCAACAACCCUCCAUGUGUCCCCGACCUAUUACGAUCACAGUACUAA